AAACACUGAGUACUAAAAGUUUUAUUUUUGAAAUACACAAAAUAAGUUCUUUUUGGCAGUCAGUGUACUAGAACUAGUCUUUAAAAAGACAUGUAAGCAAAGCUCCAGAUGUAUUGUUCUUGUUGAAUCACAGAGCUCAGUGUCUUAAUAGUUUGGGCAGCGCUGGGGCUUGAUAUAAUCCAGAUGUUUUUGGGGGGAGAACCGAAUGAAACAUUCAGUGUUUGAUAGAUUUUUCAGCCUGCAGUUCCUUACAGUACCAGCACAGUGUGUGUGUGUGUGUGUGUGUGUGUGUGCGUGCAUGUGCAGUUUUGUACUGAGGUCCACGUCUCUGGUUUCAGUACGCUGAAGUUAUGCGCUCGGCAAAAUGAUGUCGAGCGGUUCCUGCCCAGCAUCACUCGGCCUCUCAUGACAACAGAUGACUAAUCAUGUGUUGCUCCGGGCAACGGAGGGAAAUCACCACCAGCUGCAGCCAAAUGCUGCAAAAAUAUCUCUUGUUGUUUCUGGUUUGAUCCCCCCAGUUUGUUCUGCAGGUGAGCAGCCUGACACGUGAAAACCCAGAAAACUCCCAAACAUCUCGCCAACACUCCUAAACACCGGAGACUUUGCCCUGGAUAGUUCAGUGUUGUAGCUGUGUGGCCGGGCAGCCUGGCUGCAUCCCUGCCUCCAGAUGAAUGAAGAGCACUCCGGGACACAGAGACACAGCUGAUGCAGGGCAUGCAGGUGUUUCUGCAAAUAUGAUGAAGAAAAAGAAUCCCCAUAAGAAACACAAGAGCAGUCUUGGUCCAACCACCAAAGUUCUGUCGCAGCCUCGGCGCAACAUCGUCGGCUGCAGGAUCCAACAUGUCUGGAAGGAAGGAGGAGGACAUGUGAUCUGGAAAGGAGUAGUACUCGACCAGGUGCCAGUAAACCCGUCUCUCUAUCUGAUAAAGUACGAUGGUUUCGACUGCGUUUAUGGUCUGGAGCUUCAUAAAGACGAGAGGGUUCAGGGGCUGGAAGUGCUUCCUGACAGACUGGCUAAAUCCCGUCUAACAGACGUCAAUCUAGCGGACACCAUGAUAGGUAAAGCGGUGGAGCACAUGUUCGAGACAGAGGAGGGUCCGAAGGAGGAGUGGAGGGGGAUGGUGCUGGCCCGGGCUCCCAUCAUGACCACCUGGUUCUACAUAACCUACGAGAAAGACCCCGUCCUCUACAUGUACCAGCUGCUGGAUGACUACAAAGAGGGGGACCUCCGCAUCAUGCCUGAUUCCAAUGACAGUGUCCCAGCAGAGAGGGAACCUGGUGAGGUGGUGGACAGCCUGGUGGGUAAACAGGUCGAGUACGCCAAAGAGGACGGCGGCAAACGAACGGGCAUGGUCAUCCACCAGGUGGAGGCCAAGCCCUCUGUCUACUUCAUCAAGUUUGACGACGACUUCCUCAUUUACGUCUACGACCUGGUCAAAACUUCAUAAACUUUGUGGAUGUCCCGACCCCCCUUCCCACAUGACAGAAACAAAAUGCAGCACAUGUUGAAACAUAUGAAGCAUUUGAUCAAGCACUUGUUCCUCAGACCAUCAAAGAGAAAAAUAUAGACUUGAAAAAAAGAAUUCUCACAACGGGAAAAAGACAGGAUUGAUACUUUUGAGAAUCAUCUUGUUUUUGUGUGCGGGAACGUUUCAGACUGUCAUCUACGACCUUAUUAAACCCUCAAAAUAGAAAAGAAUGGCCAUGGUUUUACGUUAACCUCACAAGGUGCAAGACCUGAUAACCCUGGAUUUAAAAAUUCAGCUUUACACUAGAAAGAGAAACUAAAUUUAAAUUCAGUCUUCAAAGACUUCUUGUCAUGUUUCCUACGUCAGCUAACACUUAGGGCCACAGAAAAACGAGACGACUCCCAGCAAAGAAGUGAAAUCUGGAGCUGGUCCAAGGAGUGUGCUUCAAAAAAGGAGACUAGGAGAAGAAUUAUUCCUGGACCGGAUAAAUUGCGAUCAUGAUGGAGAAAUUAGCUUUUGUUUGAUUUCAAGACUAGGGACAAACAACACAGCUCAGUGUUGUUGAUUAGUCCUGUAAUCCUCCAGAUUUCUGGAUUUGCCAGAGUACGAGCUGGUCUGAUUUUGUGCAAACCAACUGAAGCAGCAUUUGUCAUUAGGAGCCAUUCUGGUAAAUUAAAGAUGCAGCUCUCAGUGAUGUUAACCCCUUUGGUGGUGGUCGCUACAACCGUUUGCAGCACAUGUAGCGUUAGCAGAGUAGCAUAACAGCUAAGCAAACGGUGGUGCAGUUAGCAGCGUCUUCACAGUAGGUUGCCAACUUAAAUACAUUUCUGAAAAGUUCAAUGAGCCCAUUUUGCCCUUUUCAGUAUAACCCUAAUAUAACUCUGUCCCUGACAAGUGUCAUGUCACUCAUGUUUAUCACGUCUGUUUCCUAAGUUAGCAAGGUAGCUAGCCAACUAUCACAGUCAGUAAUGUAGCAGAACUACAAAGCCUUGUUUUGAUGGUUUAAUCACUACCAUUUGCCCUAAAGUUACUGUAUAAAGCCAUUCACAAAAACUGAAGCCUUCAUGUAUCUGUUUCAAAUUAAGAGCCCGCUAGCAUUUUUACUGGACAGAAACCCCUCUUGUCUUAACAAGUCUUUUAUUAUGAAACAUUUGCAAGCAUGUGUCCUGAGUGGCAAUGCCGUUCAUUAUGGGAGCGGCUGAGUAACAUCCAUUGGUAAAAUUCAGUAUUAUUGGUCUGGUGUUUGUAUACAUCAGCCCAAGCCUACACUCAAAAAAUUAAAUGUUGACUUGAAUCAAAAUUAUUUCGUAAAGAGGUUCUACGUAAUUGUAUUAAGUUACUUCAACUCAAAAAUGUUAUGUUAGAGGUUCAACUACAUAAGAUUACAAUUACUUGGAAAUUGUAGUCAAAAUAAAUUUAUUCAAGUCAACAUUUCUUUUGUCUUGUCCAGUAAGGACUGGUAAUCCAACUGUAUAAAAGAUUUCUAACAUGACAAGAAAAACAGAAAUGUAAUUAUAAAAAUACUGAGUCAAAAUUAUGAGAUACUUACCAAAAUACUUAUCAAAAUAGGAUACAAAGUCAAAAGAGUUUCAACUUAUUAUCUCAAAAUUUCAUAAUCAGUAUGUGAUUCAUACUUAUUUUCACAGCUACUAGAUCAAUAUUCUGUCUCAAGUUAUUGAUUUAAAAAUUAUUUUAUAGCAUAUGCUAUAGAGAACUCUGGAGUAUUCAACAAAGUCAGGUAAUAAAAACACAUAAUUUUGAUCAAACUUUUGACUAGUAAGUCAUAACUUAGCUUAUCUUGAUUUACAAAAUCAUAAUUUUGAUUUAAUUAAUAAUUUUUCAUUUUUGUCAACCUUUUUAACUCAUAAUUUGGACUUAGUCUCAUAUUUUUGCAUUUAGUGUGUCAACAUUUUUCAAAUCCUGACUUUUGUGGUGGAAGUGACGGGAAGCAAAAGAAAAAUUGAUGCCAGUCUACCCUCAAAGUUAGACUUUCUGACAGGGUAAAAAAAAAAAGGAACAAAAACCCUUAAACCAAGCUUGAUGGAUGGGUCAGGAGACUUAUCUUACACUUAAAUAUCCUAAACUGUAAAUGUAUGGCCCUUAUGUUUUCGAUGAAGGUUAAUCCAUGUGGGAUUUCCGCCCCACUGUUGUACAGAACAAAACAAGACAGAUUUCUUCAUUAUAUAGUGUGCUACUUUCAUAGGUUCCAUUUCACCAACAUCAGCCAAAUAUUCAUGAAGAGAAAAAAUCUUUACCUGGAGACGUACGCAGUUAUCAUGAUCAUUGCCAAAACCCCUUCCUGUUGUGAAGUUGUUUUACAUGAAAGAUGAUCAGACAGCUUUUUCUUGUGAUUUCACUAAAGCCUUUGGAUUUGCGCGUGUUGUCUUUUCUAAGUCAUCAGUGAAGGAUUGAGAGGACGGAGAAGCAAAAACUGAAACAUGGCCAAAGUCUUCGGCAGUUUGUUUUAAUGUUAAAUGGCUUGUUACAAACGGACAAACACCUGGAUCUGUGAUUUCUUGGGUUCCUCCAUUUGAACUUUGAACACCGUGAUGGAUUCUAAAUGUCAUAUAAUUGUUGAAUCAGACAAAAUGGUUUAAUUUGCAUGAAAAGGUUGGGUCAUAUUGUAGAAAGGUAGUUGAUUGAGUCUCCAAUGUCAAUGAGAAACAAACAAAGUGGCAUAACAGUCCUCAAAUACCCUGGAUUGGUAUCUCAAAGAUAGUUGACUGUUCAUUCCAGUCUCAUCCCCAGCACAAAUGACAUGGUCUGUUGUCUUGCUUCAAGCCACUUUGUUUUCCAUUCACGUUGGUAUUUGACAGAUUCAACAAUCUAUAUUUCUCCAGUAAGACUGAGCCCAAGGUUUAGAUCCAACACUCUCCUGGCUGACUGAGGAAAGUUUUUGUCCAAAGCCAAUGAGAUGAUCCCGUAUGUUCCACAGUGUAUGCAGUAAGAGAAGACAAAGUCACAGUCGGUUGUGUUUAGUAUAUGAAGAGAUUAACAGCCAUUGAAGGUUUAAAUGUCCUUUUUGACAAAUGUACAUUUUGUUUAGUUUGGAUUUACUCAAGACUGAAGCUUUUCCAUAAACCCGUGUUCUGUACUCAUCUGAAUUUGUAGUUUAAAAGUAUUAAAAGAAUAUCAGAAGUAUUUAAGUGAAAUUCACAAUUUGAAUAUAACAUACGGUUAGACUUGAUUAUCGCAAAUAAAGUUGCGAUUUUCAGUGUUUUGUCAGCCAGCUAUAUUAAUGAGCUGUGAAGAUGUUUUAUGAACAAAUCAAGGCACAGGAUGUUAAUUUUCCAUAUACAUCACAAACUCCAGUGUAUGUUAAGUUUCCUCUGUUGGAAAAAAUUGGAACAUUUGAGCACUUUAUCUCCAAAAGCAGUUAAAUGAAGGGAUUCCAUUUAAAGGUUGAUGAGCCAUGCGUUCCAUCCUUGAACAAUCCCAUGAGUCAAUGUACAGAACAGAGGUGUCGUAUGAAAAACUUUAAGUCUGUGUACUUCCUGUGAUGUAGCUAGUUGCUGAGGUAGAUUACAGCUCUUACUAUAACCGCACUAAAAAAAACAAAAAAACUCAGAUUCUCCCAGAGGUCUGUGGGUUUCUGCACUUGUAUAUUUGUUUUGUUUUUCAUUAAAGAGAAGUAUGAUUGUGAUCAUCUCAUCUGGCAAUGUUUUAAUUAGUUAACGAGACAUGGUAUCGUUACUAAGACUUUAUUCGCAGCAAGGUAAUGUCCAAUUCAGUCAGUACAUUUCACUGUUCUAAUGAUAACGGAUUAUUAUUGCUUAUGUUGGAAUGACAUGGGCCUUCUAUCAUCCUUCUGCUUUGUAUUGUUUGUUUUUGUAUGUUUUCAAAUAUAUGUUAAGAAUUUUUAUUGUUAAUGGAAAACCUGA